AUGGGAACGGGGUCUUCGUCUGGGAGAAUGGAAGACGAAGAAGGGUUGAAUGGUCGGCUGAAGCUGGGGAGCUGCAGCGAGCGAGAAGAACAGAAGGGCUGCAAGCGUGUGCAUGCUGCUACCGUGUUCUCGCGGGGCGUGCUGGGAGAGUCUCGGUCGAUGCUGGUGGUGGUGCGCCAAAGACACAUCGGCCCCUUGAACACGGGUAUAAUCAGCACACCGAUUGGGCCACAGACGCAAAUUGUUGGGUGUUCAUUCGAAGAGAGGCUUCUUAUCCGGCUGUUCUUUACGUCGACGGUCUCAGUUCAACCUACUCCCUCCCCCCGUGCAUAUACCAGCGUUCGCUCGCUCAGUCGCUCACAAGCACCCACCCGCUCUCUGACCGAAAACUUGAAGAUACACAUAUCUUGUCAUGUCAUCGCCAUCAACGACUGCAUCGUCCAUUCCAACGACGCCUACGACCCCCUUUUCACUACCGUCACCCUCCGCCCACGCCGAUAUGCACUCCAUCCGUCAUUCAAGCUCCAGCCUCCUCCGAUCUCCUUGAAAACUCGUACGACUAUCAUCGAGGAAGGAAGACGAGGACGGCCCAACAAGACGUUUGCAGAUGCCGUAGCAGGACGUAAUCCACCUGAGCCUGCUCCGGCGCCUAUCGCAUCGAGCUCAACUAUGACAUUUGGGGAUAAAUAG